AUGGUGGGCACAAGCUGCCUGUGGUCUGUGCUCCUGCUUGGAGAGACGACUUGGGGGAAGGUCUACUUCUCCGAAACCUUCGAUGAUUCUUGGGCCAACCGAUGGACGUUGAGCACGUGGAAGGACAGUGAGAAGGAGAAGAUGGGUAAGUGGGUACUGUCCUCCGGGCGAUUCUUCGCAGACUCACUGGAGGAUCGAGGAUUGCAGACAGCAGAGAUCAUGAAGUUCUAUGGUGUUUCUGCUGCUUUUGAGCCAUUCAGCAACGAAGGCAAGGAGCUCUUCAUCCAGUACCAGGCCAAGUACGAGAAGGAUCUGGGAUGCGGUGGUGGCUACCUCAAAGUGGGUCCAAAGCAGGAGGAUCUGACCUCAUUCGGGGAGCCCACGCCCUACCACAUUAUGUUCGGCCCGGACCAGUGCAAUGCUGACAAGAGGACCCACUUGAUCUUUAGCUAUCGAGGGAAGAACUACCUCAAAAAGUCGGAGCUGCCUUACAAGCAGGAAGGUGAAGGCGUCUCUCACCUCUAUCGACUGCACCUGAAGCCGGACAACUCCGUUCGAGUUGAGGUGGACGGGGAGCAGAUCUACGAAGGAUCCUUGAAGGACGACUGGGACAUGCUCCCGGCGAAAGAGAUAGCGGAUCCCAAGGACAAGAAGCCCGAAGGAUGGGUGGACAAGGAGAAGAUCCCAGAUCCUGGCGACGCCAAGCCGAAGGACUGGGCCACAGAGGCAAAGAUCGUCGACUCCGCAGCUAAGAAGCCCGAGGAGUGGGACGACGAUGAAGAUGGAGAGUGGGAACCUCCGAAGAUCGACAAUCCAGCCUUCAAGGGCGAAUGGUCUCCUCGAAUGAUCGCUAAUCCGGCGUAUAGCGGAAAGUGGAUAGCCCGGAUGAUUCCCAAUCCUGAUUUUGUCGACAACCCGGACCUGUACAAGUAUGACAACAUUGGCUAUGUAGGCUUUGACGUUUGGCAGGUUAAGGGCGGCACCAUUUUCGACAACAUCAUCCUCACUGACAGCGCUGCAGAAGCAGAUGAGUUUGCCAAGAAGUGGAAG